AUGUUCCUCGCGCAGAUCCUCUGGGAGUCCGGCGGCCUGCGCUACAAGCGCGAGCUGAUCUGCGUCAAGACCGGCUGCCCGGGCGUGUACGACCACUCGGUGGGCGUGCCCGGCAAGAACUACUACGGCAGGGGCUACAUCCAGCUGACGCAUUCCUACAACUACAAAGCGGCCUCCCUUGAUCUCUACCACGAUCUGCGGCUGAUCAACGACCCGGACCUGGUGGCCCGCGACGAGGACGCCGCCUGGGGCACCGCCUUCUGGUUCUGGAAGGUGCACGUCCACAACCGAGCCGGCGUGCGGGCGCACCACUUUGGCGACGCGACGCGGGCCAUCAACGGCAUGGAGUGCACCGGUCGCAUGCCCGCCGCCCACAAGCGCUUCGACAUCUACCGCAAGGUUCUGGUGGCCUUCCACAUUCACGAGGGCGCCAAUGGCUCGGGCUGCUGGUAA